CUUGUAAAUGUUACGAACUGCUUUUUUUGGGUGGCAGUGCCGCUAGCUCAGUCUUUUCUCAGUGCAGAGUUCCCCUAAUGCCACAGCUCGCAACAUAAAUAUCGAUAACUCCACUGUCUCACAUUAACAAACUAUCGGUCAUCACUAAGAACAAAAACGCAAACAAAGGUAAAUACCUGCAAGUAUUGACGGGAAAAUCGGCUUCAUUUGGUGGCUAUUGAUGACCUAGCCAAGCGCUCCCACCCAACCAUGGAUGCCCUCGAGGUGCUGCAGGGCACCACCCAUUCUCUGUCGGCAGGAGCCCCCUCCUCGCUACUACGGCGGUUCCAUCUCCCCCACUGGGAAAGCUUACUCACACAUUGUGGGUUUUACAAAGGUUUAAUAAAUACCCCUUUAAGACCGAAACCUGGCCGCCGUCUCAAAUGUUUACGCGGUCGAAGCAGAGGAUUAGGUUUUGCUGGAAAAGGGUACAGGCGUAGAGAUCGCAUGGAAACGCGGCCCUCAACGGAAAAUACGCGCGCGUGUGUAUGGUCACCUAAUCCUGAGGAGCUCCAGGGGAAAAGAAGGGACAGGCCAAAAAGGCAAACAACGAGGACAAAUAAGGCUCUCGGGUCUAACUCCGGAUAAAUUCACAAACAGGAAAGUAAAUAUCAAUAUAUAUAUAUAUAUGUAAUCAAGGUACACGUGUAUUUAAUUUUUCCCGAGAUGAGGUGGACGCGGUACACCGGAACGGACUCACAGGGAAAUGUUUGAUGUCGUCGGCGUUGAUUGUGAAAGGCUUUUCAGGCUGGUCGUUGGUACGGGUCGAACGGACACCGGUUGCUGGGCAGCCUAGUCGGGCUGGUAGGUAUGGCGAAGUCGCGCAGACAUCAGUGAACUCCCAAAUAAAUAUUCCGGGGCCCUUUGUGUUGGGACCCCGGCUGCUAUUUAAUUUUAAGCACAAAAAAAAAUGUAUAGUAUCACUGCUAGCUGCAUCUGCCUGGUUGGACAGUAUGGCUGCGACUAUCUCGAUAUCUGCUGAUCAUCGUUCAUACACCCCGCCAUAUUACAUGGCCUCUCUCAAAAUUGGGUCAUUGGAUACAUGGGUCCAUUUAAAGUAAUCCCAGAGCGAACCGGGAUUAAUCUUCAAAUGGCCAGAUCGCCCGCCAGACUCAUCCCGCUGCUGCAGCUAUCGACCUAACCUAUCGAUAAGGUCGCUCCCAUUCGACUCCAAUAGCAACAAAUAAAAGAAGAAGAGAGAACACGCGGAAGUUAUGCAUGAUAAAUCAAUAUACAUAAGAGUUGCUGAUUUAGAAUUAUGGAGCUUAGCGAGUUAUUCGAAGUAGGUCACAUAUCCUAUAUACUGAAAUUAUGAAUAAAACUAGUCUUAAUUAUAAAGGGACACAAGGGAAAUAAAGAUAUGCGAGACUGAAA